GGUCAUAUUUCGGGUUUCUCUUCCUCCCGUAAUGAGCUAUUGAUCACUUUCUGUAUGUCUCAUCCCAAUCCCAGCAGCAGCAGCAGCACCAACACCACCACCAACAUUAACAACAAGCGCUCGGCUUCCGCUCAUUUCCCGGCGAUGAAAAAGGCCAAGUCCCAAGCCGUCGCUUCUUCUCUCGACAACAAGAACGGCCUCCACCACCACCAACAACCCCCUCACCACCACAUCCACUUCGACACCGAUCUCGAUUCUUCGAUCGAACAAGAUUCCAAUAUCGCCGCCUCCAGCGCCGUCACGGCCAAUUUGUCUCGAAAGAAGGCCACACCUCCCCAACCCGCCAAGAAGCUCGUCAUUAAGCUCCUCAAAGCUAAACCCACUCUGCCGGCAAAUUUUGAAGAAAAUACAUGGGCAACAUUGAAAUCCGCUAUCAGUGCCAUAUUCUUGAAGCAGCCAGAUCCUUGUGACUUGGAGAAGCUUUAUCAGGCUGUCAAUGACCUUUGCCUGCACAAGAUGGGGGGAAGUCUUUAUCAACGAAUUGAGAAAGAAUGUGAGGCACAUAUAUCUGGUGCACUACAAUCCUUAGUUGGCCAAAGCGAAGAUCUGGUUGUUUUCUUAUCACUUGUUGAGAAAUGCUGGCAGGACUUCUGCGACCAGAUGUUGAUGAUUCGUGGUAUUGCCUUGUAUCUUGAUAGAACGUAUGUGAAACAAGCUCCAAGCAUGCGCUCCUUGUGGGACAUGGGCUUGCAGCUUUUCCGUAAACAUCUUUCACUAGCUGGAGAAGUUGAGCACAAAACUGUAUUUGGCCUUCUAAAAAUGAUUGAGAGCGAAAGAUUAGGUGAAGCAGUUGAUAGAACUCUCCUUAACCAUCUUUUGAAGAUGUUCACUGCUUUGGGAAUUUACUCAGAGAGCUUUGAAAAGCCAUUCCUUGAGCGGACAUCUGAAUUUUAUGCUGCCGAAGGUGUCAAAUACAUGCAGCAAUCUGAUGUCCCUGACUACUUGAAGCAUGUGGAGAUAAGGUUGCAUGAAGAACAUGAAAGAUGUGUAAUCUACCUGGAUGCCAAUACAAGAAAGCCACUGGUAGCAACUGCAGAAAGGCAACUCCUUGAACGCCACAUAUCUGCAAUUCUUGAUAAGGGUUUCGUGAUGCUGAUGGAUGGGAAUCGUAUUGAAGAUCUUCAGAGGGUGUACUUACUUUUCUCUAGGGUGAAUGCAGUUGAAUCGUUAAGGCAGGCACUUAGCUCUUAUAUCAGGAAAACUGGGCAGGGCAUUGUCAUGGAUGAAGAGAAAGACAAAGAUAUGGUAUCUUGCCUCUUGGAAUUUAAGGCUUCUCUAGAUACUAUAUGGGAAGAAAGCUUUACUAAGAAUGAAGCAUUUUGCAAUACUAUUAAAGAUGCAUUUGAGCAUCUGAUUAAUUUCCGACAGAACCGGCCCGCUGAACUAAUUGCGAAGUUUUUGGACGAGAGACUUCGUGCUGGUAAUAAAGGUACAUCUGAAGAGGAAUUGGAGGGUACACUUGAUAAAGUCUUGGUUCUGUUCAGGUUUAUACAGGGUAAGGAUGUGUUUGAAGCAUUCUAUAAGAAGGAUCUUGCAAAAAGACUACUCUUGGGAAAGACUGCUUCCAUUGAUGCAGAGAAGUCCAUGAUUUCGAAGUUGAAAACUGAGUGCGGUAGCCAAUUUACCAACAAACUUGAAGGAAUGUUCAAGGACAUUGAGUUGUCGAAAGAGAUUAAUGAAUCCUUCAAGCAAUCAUCCCAGGCCAGGACAAAACUCCCAUCAGGGAUUGAGAUGAGUGUACAUGUUUUAACAACAGGUUAUUGGCCAACGUAUCCACCAAUGGAUGUUCGGCUUCCACACGAACUCAAUUUGUAUCAGGACAUUUUUAAGGAGUUCUACUUGAGCAAGUACAGUGGGAGGCGAUUAAUGUGGCAAAAUUCAUUAGGACACUGCGUGUUAAAAGCAGAAUUCCCAAAAGGUAAAAAGGAGCUGGCGGUUUCACUGUUUCAGACUGUUGUUUUGAUGCUGUUUAACGAUGCCCAAACGCUCAGCUUUCAAGAUAUUAAGGAUUCAACUAGCAUUGAGGAUAAGGAGUUGAGAAGGACUUUGCAGUCCCUUGCAUGUGGAAAAGUUCGCGUCCUUCAGAAGUUGCCCAAAGGGAGGGAAGUUGAGGAUGAUGAUUCAUUUGAGUUCAAUGAGGGAUUUACUGCUCCUCUGUACCGUAUAAAGGUAAAUGCUAUACAGAUGAAAGAAACAGUCGAAGAGAACACAAGCACAACUGAAAGAGUGUUCCAGGACCGUCAAUAUCAGGUUGAUGCUGCCAUUGUUCGGAUAAUGAAGACAAGGAAAGUUCUAAGUCACACACUUUUGAUCACAGAACUCUUCCAGCAGCUCAAGUUUCCGAUAAAGCCAGCUGACUUGAAGAAAAGGAUCGAGAGCCUCAUUGAUCGGGAGUACCUUGAGCGGGACAAAAAUAACCCUCAGAUAUACAACUACCUUGCCUAGACCAUCUUUUUUUACCAUCUUUUUUCUUGUAGAUUAUGCGGAAAAUUGCAUCGCCCUUGAAGAGGUUGGAUGCGUAUGAAUUCUCUUGUCAGGAUAUGUGUACAGUAAAUCACUGUCGUAUUUUUGUUGUAGUUGGAUGCACGUGUAAAUUAUUGUAACUCGAACUUGCGAUCUGGAAGUUCGCUGGGUAUGUCAAAUAAAUGGAUUUUUAGUUGUUUAUUAAUGAAAGAAAGAAGAAAGCUUCUCUUGUAUUGUUAA